UCUUCCUUCCUUUCUGUCUGUCUCUUCCUCUUCUGUGUUGUUCCACCCUCCUCCUUCUUCCCCCUCUUCAUCUCGACUGCUUGUAUUUCUCGACUCCCUCCCCUCUCGUGGCUCCCUCCUCCUCCCCACUCUCUCUCUCUCUCCUCUCUGUCUCUCUCUCUCUCUAUCUCUGGCUGGUCUAGCUUUCUGUCAAGCCAGCCACAGCAGCAACAGUGGUUACGCCAGUAGCUCAAUGUAACCAGUUCUCAGUCACAGCGGAGGCUGCAGUGUGUGAGUCCAACUGUGUGUGUGUGUGUGUGUGUGUGUGUGUUGUGUUUGCGUGUUCAGCCUGUAUGCAUCUGCCUGCUGCUCUUUCAAGAGUGAAUAUAACACAUGGAGUUGCUCUAACUGACGACUGGAGGAAGAUAUCAUAACCAGCAGCUUCCUGGGCAGUGCCACAUUUUCAGUAGGCAAUCUGCUGAGGGCUAAAGAUGAACGACUGACCUUGAGUCUCAGGACAUCGGAUGGCGUGUGCGCAGGAGGAACAGUGGUGGUGAGUCGUCUGAAGAUGGGGGAGAUGGAAGAGGUUGACGUAGACCACAUCACCACCGAGAUACCGUCACACAAGUGUCCCUUGGUGUGUGAGUCUGCAUCCCAUGCCUGCAUCGACCGGCAAAAUAACCCGCUGACCGGUCCAGUGUUCAAGAACCCAAUAUGCAAGGUGUACAGAUUUCAAACAGUGGACAGCAAGUGGAUGCUUGUGCGAGAACAAAUGGAGGAGUGCACGUUGUCCUUUAGCAUCCCCAAGCAGCUGCUCUCACUGUAUAUUCAUGAGGACAUGAGCAGGGUGCAAGACCUGAGGGAGCUGGGGGAGCUUUCUCCUCACUGGGACAACUUAAGAAAAGAGGUGAUGACACGAUACGGAGGAAUCGUCAACUCCUUCCAGGAGACUUUGGCAGAACUGGACAAGAUCACUGGUCGUUCAUUCAAGCCAAGCUGCUGCAAAACCCAGAAAUCUCUGGAGUUCAUCCCAAUAAACUUGCACACCCAGAGGAUGAGAGUGACGUGCCCCAGAAAAACAGAUGCAUUCUACGACGUUGUCACCGUCGGCGCCCCCGCAGCCCAUUUCCAGGGGUUCAAGUGUGGUGGUCUGCAGCGUCUCCUGAGCAGAUAUGAAGCAGAGAAAAAGAGCUUCAGCACCGCCUACCAGUGUAUCUACUACUCCCCAGAGCACACGGCUAAAGCUCAGGAGGUACUCAGCACCAUGAGCCUCCUCCAGCCCCUCAUCACAAGCCUAGCGGACCGGCUCCUCCAGGCUGCCCAGGAGCACUCUUCCCCUGGACUGAGAGAUGCACUCAAGAACCUUUCUGACAAGACCGAACAAUUUGUUCACACACUUAAGGAUGAAUUGGUCAAGAGUGCACUACUGGCACUGCACGCAGCGCGGCCCGGAUACGUCUCCAAGAACCAGCAGCAAACCCCGGUGCAGGGAGGCCAACAUCAAGGCCACAUCCUCCAGGGCAGUGACCAGAAUCCGAGCCCAGUCCAGGGACUUCCAGGUCACAGUCCGGCCACGUCGAUCACUGACAGCACAGCGGGGUGUAAUAAUGUGGAAGGACUACAAAGCACGACCAGAGGCGAAGGUGUGCUGCUGAAGCACCAAGACUCCAUACCGCACCAUAAAGAGUACGACGAGGAGGAAUGGGACCGGGUGUGGGCCAACGUGGCCAAAUGUCUCAACUGUGUCAUCGCCAUGGUGGAUAAACUCCAGGAAGAAGACAACAGCAAUCAAGAGCCGGCCCCUGAGCAGCAGCUAGCUGAUGUCAUCAUCUCACACAACCCCGGCAACUGGAGGGAGCAGCUGUGUCCUCUGGUGACCAGGUUAAAGGAGUGUGUGAUGGAGGUGGUGGAGAAGGCAAAGAGAGCCAUGACCUUUGUGCUCCUGCAGGAGGCGGCCUGCAGUAUUCCGCAGGGCUUUCUCCUCCAACAGAGGCGAGACGUGGUCUUCAGUCAGGCACUGGCAGCCCUAGCCUGUGGCUUUGUCAUGAGGCUGUAUGCAGGAAUGCAGGACCAAGGCUUCCUGAGGCAGCUCCACCUGGUUGGUCUGGUGGCCCAGUUUGAGAGUCUGCUCAGCACCUACAGUGAAGAGAUCGGGAUGCUGGAGGACAUGGAUGUUGGAAUUUCAGACCUGAAGAGAGUCCUGUUCCAGAUUACAGAGGCCAAGUCGGACGACCUCAGUGACCUCCAGCCUUUAGUGUGUGGCCGACGAGACCACUUCACUGUAGAAGUGCCAUUACCAAGACUGGUUUUCCAGACCUUGCCAGAGGAGAUCAAGGAGGGCAAGCCUCUGCGAGUAUUUCCAGUGCUGUUUAACGUGGGCAUCAACGAACAGCAAACAAUAGCAGAGAGGUUCGGAGACAUCUCUCUUCAAGAAAGAAUAAACCAGAGGAACUUCGAGACGUUAGAGGCCUAUUACAAAUCACUAAGAGAAAAGGUGCCACUAGAAUGUCUACCAUGUUUUCAGACACAGACUGAUAUCAAAGAAUUACUAGAAACCCUGGGCCAGAAUGUAGUUACAAAGAAGAGAAAGAAUGUGGAGAUACUAUGGAUUGCUGGAACGAUCUGCCGAAGGUUAAAUGGCAUCAGGUUUACCAGCUGUAAAAGUGCCAAAGACCGGACAUCCAUGUCUGUCACCUUAGAGCAGUGUGCCCUCCUACGUGAUGAACACCAGCUCAGCAAGGAUUUCUUCAUCCGUGCUCUGGACUGUAUGCGGAGUCGGCUGACCCAGGGAGACGUCGGGCAGUGGGAGGACCCGGAGGCCGGCGCCGGGACAGACAACAAACCAGCGUCGCGACACUUUUACCCCAUUGCCCUGCUGCUCGUGAGCUCGCACUUACUGGUGGUGUGGCUCAUUUUAAGUCUUGUUUUUCUGCUUGCAAAAUAUCAAUAAAUUGCUGACAAUGCCAUCUCUACUCACUCCUUUUUUUUCUGUGUUUGCUGGUUAUUCUUUUUUUCAGUGGUGGUCGUGUGAUCUGACCGGCUUCCUCGUAUGAAGUUAAUUAGCGCGAGUGAUUUUCAUAUAUCGACGUUGGGGAAAACAGAUGGUAUUAAGUAAAAUAACCGGUAAUUAAAUCUGUACUCUUUUUAGAUUUACAAGGAAUCUUUUCUGACAAGCUUUAAGUUAAUCUGACAAUAUUGCAACGAUGGGGCUCAUUCAUGUGUGUUUAAUAACUCUAUGGCAAAGAUAAGCAACACUUUGAAAACAUAAACAAUACUUGUUAGUGGGAUCAAUUAAUUGAUGCUUUUGAUCUUUUCACGUGAUUUUAUUUUAUCAGCGAAAAAUAUAGAAUAUUGACAACCUUAUCCUGUUAAAUAACGGAGGCUGUGUGUGACACUUUAUUUGAGGAUUAUUUUGCUGAGACAUGCAGUACAUAUGUUCACAUCUGGAUGAGGCAUGUGGUGUGUGUCAUUUUACAAAUGGAUGUGAGUUAAACAUAAGCCUGUUUAUCAGUUUCUGCAAUACAGCUGACAUGCAAACGCAUCACAAGAUGUAGUGUUGUAUUGUCAGCUGAGAAGGAGUUAACCACUUUUUUUAUUUUGUAUUAUUCAUUUGGCAGAGUUUAUUUCAUUUACUCCAGACAAUAUUUGUUCUGCAGAACUUUAGACCUUUGGUGCUCGUAAGAUACUAAUACUGCUGUCUUUCUUCCAUUCUUUCUAAUGUCUCUAACUCUUAAUAACUCCUCCGUCACAGCAACAUUAAAACGACUUGUGUUUUUUGAUCCUGGUGAGCUCUGUGAAUCUGUGUGAGAGUCGCUCUCGGUGUCAGAGAGAGCUCGACGCACCGCAGCUUGAGAAAACACAAGCAGAUGGGGAACCAGAUUCACCAGUCGGAUACACUUAGUCAGCGUGCCACAGAUGAGCCGAGAUGAUUAUAGAUCCGAGGUGUGAUUGAGGUGUCUGAUGGAUGGCUCCAGCACACUGGAUUCCCGACUGUUGUGUUGGAAUGAGGAUCAACACCUUCAAAGGCAUGAAAGUUGUUUCUAAAAUCAAAACAAAACUGUCAUAAAACGUCAUCACGGCAUUGUAUGCAGGGUGGAAGAGCAAGUGUCAGCAGUUGCGGCCUGCAAUGGAAUGGAGGAAGGUUCACUUUCCUUUUCAAGUUACAAUCCUGGAGGGAAGCUCGUUGGUCAUGUUUCUGGAAAUGUGUUUGUCUGACUUAUGACCCAAACCAAGUUGUCCUUUAGAAACAUAAUCUUUGUGAUAUCACUGAAUCAUUGGAAGACAUGACUGAAUGCAGUGUUACAAAAUCUGAAUGACCCGGGUCUCGGUUUGGAGGUAGUUUUUGGGGAUUUUUGUGAUAACUAUUUUUUAACUCGAUAGGAGAAGAUUUUUGGAAUAUAAAAUAAUCUAAUGCUCUUUCUCCCACAUAAUCCUCCGGAGCGUUGAUUUUAUGAAGCGGCAGCUAAACUUCUCACUGUUUAUGUUGAAAAUAGAACGGAUCUGUUGUUCAAGUGAAGGAAGAACAGAUUCUAAGUGAAAACAAUACCAGCGUUGCUGUCGCUGCUGGGGAAGACGAAGUCGCAGGUAAGAGUUAGGGAAAGAGAGGGGGGGGGGUUUAAUGGAUACUGAAGGAUUUAUUUCUCAAUUUGUUAAAUAUAUGGCAUCCUGUGGCCAUGGUAGAAGCAGGACGGCCUCUAAACUCCGUUUGUCCGUUGUAUAUUAUUAUAUUGGUCCCAUGGAAGUAACAAUUUGUUAGGUAUCAUCCUUUAACGUGUUGUGUUUCUGGGUCAAAUCUGCAGCCCAACAACUGAGUUUGCAACACAUAAGUGUUAUGGUCUGUGCGACAAAUCAAACACACAUGGAUAGGUUACAGGUAGAGCAUUAUUCAGCAAACAUUUGUGAAAACCCUCCCACCAAAAGGCCCAUUCAGUAUCUUCUCUGUAGUUUUCCCUCAUCCCACAUGUCUGUAUCGGCAGACUUGAGUUUACGUAAUGAUCUGAGCUCUUCAAGCUCUUUAAGGACAUCUCAACCACUGGUGAAAUGUUCCUAUCUUUGUUCUCCGAGGUCAGGAAUGAACACAACUUGAGUCUAAUCAAGCUCAAUGGUUGUACACUUGAACUCUACCAAACAGAAGUGACAGAAAGUCACAGAGAAUUGUUCAGAAGAUGUGAGUGGCAACAGCGGCUGUCUGAGGAGAUCUCUGCAGAGAUGUGAAUAUGUAAUUUAUGACUAAUCCACAGUCACUUUAGCAUAAUACUAAUACUAAUAGCUAAUAGUUUAAUUAUGUACCUUGUUUCUACUACACCAGCUCAACAUCCUUGAAAUAUUACACAAGGGUUAUCAGUUCUUACCAUGCAAAUGGGUCAUGCAUGUAUUACGUUUUUUUUAAGGUUUAUUUUGUAUCUUUUUUUAACAAACAAAUACUUAAUUCAAUAAAUAAACAUUUUUGAGAAGUCAUCUUGUUUAGGGGCUAAAUUAAAUCAUUUGUUGUGCCUAUCAUUAGAAACAUCAUUUAAAAACUCAUCCAUGUUUACUUUUUCGUUUUCCUUUCUUUCCUUCCCCUCAUUCCUCUUUUCCUUCUUUUAUU